GGAAACCCUAUCCAUUGUCAUUCCACAACAAUCACAAUGGCAAUCAGAUCAUCCGUCCAGAAAUUCAUAGAACAGCGUAUUGGCCUUUGGAUUAAAAAGUGGUAGAAUGCAGUUAUUGAAAGGUCCACUCUGGUCUCUAAUAACAACUGCACAAAGAAAAAGUCGAGUGUUAGAUUUCAAAAGAUUUCCAGACCAAAGUCUCUUUACACAAACUCAACUUGAAGUAAACGAAGAAGAAACGUUCAAAGUUAGACAAAAUCAACCAACAGUCGAACAGGCCAACUCAGUUGUUGACGAGACUUCACUUGACGAAAGAACUAAAACAAAAUCCCGCAACAGUCAUCCGACAACUCACUCGAAUCAUUCUGAGAGUAAUUUAAAGCUAGCUUAUGAUAAAAACCAACAAUAUGAUGUUGAGAGGGCACUAGGUAUGGUGAAGGAGUCAAGUAACGCUGGUUUUGAUGAAACUAUCGAG